AUGAGAAAUUCAACGUGUUCUCUCCAGCCAUCAUCAGCUACUACCAUAGCUCUACCAGUCAUCUACUCUUUCCUAUUUCCUGCUGGAAGCUUUGGAAAUAUUCUCACUGCCUGGAUAUUCUCAAGGCGAGCAUCCACAAAAAGAACACAGUAUAUUUACCUGGUAAAUCUUGUCACUGCAAAUUUACUCAUAUGUAGCACUAUGCCUUUUCUGGCUGUGUAUUUUGCAAGAGGGUACCAAUGGCCUUAUGACUCUGUAGCAUGUACAAUAGCAGAUUACCUUGGUGCUCUAAUUAUGCAUGUCAGUAUGUAUGUUACCAUCAUAAUUUUAUGUUCAAUUGCUCUAAGUCAGUAUGCAACACUGAGGAAAAACAGAGACACACAAUACUCUCAAGCAGCUAAUGACAACUUUUACAGAUGUGUACUUGGAAAGUUUCGUCAGCCAAAAUUUGCUAAAUAUUUAUGCAUCAUUAUAUGGUUUAUUGUGGUCUGCAUAACAGUAACAGCUAUAGCAUAUAGUGCCCAAGCAAGGGCUAUGGAAGAAAAUCACAGAUGCUACAGUAUGAGUGUAGAAGCUGGUCAAUUUUCCACAAUGAUUUCAGCUUCUGUUGCCACUUCAUCUUUUUUUGCAUCAUUUCUGACGGUUUUGUUUUCCUACUAUUCUCUUACCAGACAUCUGAGUAACAUACAAAAAAACACCUGUAUUGGAGAAAGACAUUUAAUUUAUAAAACAGUGAAAAGAAACAUUCUUGUAAUCCAGCUUAUAUUAACUGUAUGCUUUCUUCCAUAUCAUAUAUUUAGGCCAGUUUUUAAUGUACUGCUUACAUAUAAUGACUGCCCAAGGUUAAACUAUCUAGUAGAAAUUAAAAAUUUCCUUACUUGUCUUGCAGCUAGUAAAAGUAGUUUAGAUCCAGUUAUAACCCUUCUGCUAGAUAAAACAUUUAAGAAAAGUCUGUAUGGCCUGUUUAAAAAAUCCACACCAGAAAACCACAAACACAGAGCUGGUAUUUUCACUAAUGAGACUCACAGAAUGUGA